UUAUGGCCACAAUUUCCACACGAAGCAGACUGGCAGUACACAAAGCAACAAUAAUAUAUAUUAAUACAAGGACAAUGGUUCAAGGUUUUGGAAUUGGAUUCCAAGACAAGUAACUUCGCUACAGCUUGAACUGCAACUAGGAUAAAAUAUUUAUUAUUCAGCAAGAUUGAUUCAAGCUUCUACCGCACGGAGUUUAGAUUUAUUUGCCACGAUGAAGUGACAGACACGGCAGCUGAGAGUCCAGCCAAGGCGGGAUGUUUAGUCUAAAUCUACUACAUAUAUGUACCCAGGCAUCAACUAAACGUCAGGAGGUAAGGCUGAUGCUUCCAUGUAUCCUAGCUAGUGGAUUAUAAAGCUGGCUAUCUUUGAUAGGAUAUGAUCAGGAAUUGCUCCUAGCCUUUGAUGUAGAUUAGCAUGCUACGGAAGCAUAUAUGAGAAUAACUUAUUUGGGACUAAAGCCAUACUUAAAGACAGAGCUGAGAAGGAUAGAAAAAGGCCACUGUUAUUGAUGAAAUUUUGCUAAUUACAAGGAAGCAACUGGAUAUUUAUCAUAUUCUUUUCUCUGCUUAAGUGUGCACCAUUGGAUUAAUUCCUGUUAAUGAAGAGCAUGUUGUUGCAUAUGUACUCAGUGCAAUAUAAUUUAACAUCUGUUGUAAAAUAUCAGCUCUGUUAAGACAUAUUUUUGAAACCAGAGGAAAAAUAAGAAAUUAAAUGUCAAAUUGAAAAUUACUGAACUACAGUAACACAACAAGAGCAACAUGGCAGAUUUGAUGUCAGUUCAAGUUCACGUCCCUGCGGUUAUGGAGUUUGAAGACACCAUUUCUCAGCUAGAUGACCAGAGCAGGGUGGGGAAUAGUUCUGUCAAUUCAGCAGAUUAUAGACUGAUGAAAAAAGUGGAAAACUCCAAGGCCAUAGCUCUGAUGAAAAAGAAACCAGUGGAUAUCGAAUUCAAAGACCUUCAGUACUCUGUCAGUGAAGGAAGGAACAAAGGUUACAAAACUAUACUGAAAUGUAUAUCUGGAAAAUUCAAGGCUGGGAACUUGACAGCAGUGAUGGGGCCUUCAGGGGCUGGAAAGUCUUCUUUACUGAAUAUCCUGGCGGGUUACAGGACAAAAUCUGUCACUGGAGAAAUUCUAGUCAAUGGUAAGCCGAGGGUCCUGCGCAAUUUCCGCAAGAUGUCGUGUUACAUCAUGCAGGAUGAUCACCUCUUGCCACAUCUCAGCGUUGAGGAGUCCAUGAUGUGCAGUGCCAAUCUCAAACUAACAGAGAAAAUGACAGUAGCAGAGAAGAAACAAAAGGUGGACGACAUUUUAGAGACCUUGGGCCUGAUAGACAGUAAGAAGACGCGAGUCACUAACCUCUCUGGUGGACAGAGGAAGCGGCUGUCCAUAGCCCUGGAGCUGGUCAACAACCCUCCCAUCAUGUACUUUGAUGAGCCCACAAGUGGCCUGGAUAGUGCCUCCUGCUUUCAGUGUAUUUCCUUACUGAAGUUUCUGGCUCAAGUUGGCCAUACCAUUAUCUGCACUGUCCACCAGCCCAGUGCUAAACUAUUUGAAAUGUUUGACCAGCUCUAUCUACUGGCGGAUGGGCAGUGUAUAUACCGUGGCAAUGUACCAGGACUGGUGCCAUAUCUCAGAGCCCAGACGCUGGUGUGUCCACAGUUUCACAACCCAGCAGAUUUCGUAAUGGAGGUUGCCUGUGGAGAAUAUGGAGACAGGGUCCCUGGGCUCGUUGUGGCCACAAAAAAUGGUGAAUGUGAACGGUUCCAGAAUCCUGAUGACCUCACUAAAAUGACCGAUGACCACACCAUCAAACAGAUCAGUGACAAGAUAGCCUCGGUUGGUGAGGACGAAGAUGACUUGAAGUGCACGGAGACCACAGGCAUGACAGGCAACAAUGGUGCUAUCAUCAUCAAUGGCAAUGGCUGCCCGGAUGCCUACCUGCCCCGAAAUGGCUGCUGCGGGCAGAAACAGGAGGACAGUAGCUCUGAUGAGGAACUUGGCCCUGGUGAACGCCACACAUUUGCCACCAGUUCCUUCACCCAGUUUCGCAUUCUCUUCAUCAGAACUUUCAUGUCCAUAAUGAGAGACACAACCCUAACCCGUCUACGCCUUCUGUCCCAUCUCACCGUUGGCAUUCUGAUUGGUCUCCUGUAUCUAGGGAUUGGCAAUGAGGCCAGUAAAGUGUUCAACAACGCUGGCUGCCUGUUCUUUUGUAUGCUGUUCUUGAUGUUCACAGCUCUGAUGCCAACAGUUUUAACAUUCCCUAUGGAGAUGGCUGUAUUUGUAAGAGAACAUCUCAACUACUGGUACAGUCUGAAAGCUUACUACUGGGCUAAAACUAUGGCUGAUAUGCCUUUUCAGAUCAUAUUCCCCCUGGUCUAUGGCAGUAUAGUAUACUGGAUGACCAACCAGCCCAAUGACUUUGUGCGUUUUGUGAUGUUCUUGACGUUAUCUACACAGACGGCAUUGGUGGCGCAAUCUACAGGACUGUUGAUUGGGGCAGCCACGUCUUUACAGGUUGCAGUUUUUCUAGGACCAAUCACAGCAAUCCCUAUACUACUGUUUAGCGGAUUUUUUGUCAACUUUGACACAAUACCAAAAUAUUUACAGUGGCUGUCUUAUUCCUCCUAUAUACGUUACUCCUUUGAAGGUGUCCUGCAUGCAGUGUAUGGGUUUGACAGAGAGAAACUAGACUGUGAUAAAGAGAUGUGUUUUCUGGACAAACCAGCAGACAUUCUGAAAGAGAUGGACGUCGAGGAUGCCAAGUUUUGGAUUGAUUUUGUUGUGCUUUGUGUUUUCUUUGUGAUUUUGAGGGUGCUGUGCUACUUGGUACUUAUGUGGAAAGUGAAAGCCCAACGCUGACAUGACAAGCCUUUAGUGUCAGAGUCCUCACCCACAAAAUUCUAUUUAGAAAUAUAAAAAAUAUAUUCAAGGUACUGUAUUGGCCACAUUAAGCUCUGGCACCAUGUAUGUGAAAUAUUAAUAUGGAGCAUUUACACAAAGAGCACAAUAUUGAAAAGAUAAUAAGAACUUGUGUCAGAAGUUGGUCAUUGCAGCGGAAAGAAUGCCUGUAUCUGCAUCCAAGAUGAUGAUGAUGAUGUGAAGAUGAUGCAGGUUUCAUGGUACCCCUUGGCUUUUUGGGUGCCAUCCCCAGGAAAUCUGAGGAUCUGCAGUGGUGAUCAUUUGCUACAGAUUGCACCAUAUAUGGGGUAUUAUUUUUUGUGUAUGUGGCAUUCAUAUUGAAUUUCAGAAACAGCUGGUAAAAGGGGCUUGUUCAGAAAAGUCUGAUUAUCUAGGAUGUGACUGGUCAGGAACUUACUUGAAAGUCACUUUUGCGACAAGAAGUGUAGAGCAAGUGAUUUGAUUAUCGAAUAGAAGUUCCAAGGGUAUCAGCCCAGAUGAAAUACGUACUUUCAGCUUGGAUGACUGGAAAAGCCCUAGAGACAUUACUCACAAUUAAAAAAGUCACAAUAUAUCUUGUGAACUACAAAACUAGUGGCUGACAUAUUUAAAUGGGCAAUGGUAGAAUUACUAUUACGACAAUCAUAAUUUGCUCUAGGAUUUUGGUUGGAAGACUGAAAAAAAUGGAGGAAAGCAACCUUUAUGGUUCUACGUAAAGUGCAACUUAGGUUAUCAUUUCAAGCCAUUUCAUGAAACCAAUGAAACAGCUGACAACAUUCUGGUUUACCCACAAUUGGUAUCAUCUCAUGCAGCUGAUUUUAUCAAAAUGACAGAUAUUUUGAAAAAAAUGAAAAAAUACCAUUACAUAUUGGAAGAGUGGAUCUUAUCCCAAUGACUACUGUGUUAAUUAAGAUGGCAGUUCAAAUGAAAUCAAAAGGUGGAGUAUUAAGAGGAACUUGUGUAUUAAUUUUUGGAGUGCAGAUAAAAAGAAAGUCCCGUAGUCAUACAGAGUACAGUUUGGGAGCCAUUUUAGAAAUAAGUUAUCUCUUUAUAGACUAUUAUAUAUAAGUUAAUAUAGAACAGUAUAAUUGAAAAGUAUCAUAAACACAAUAGCACAUUGUGGCACAAAUUUUAAAAUAAGGUACAUACACUAUUUAAUCUAAUUAUGUACAGGUAAGAGUGAAAAGAAUUAUCUAAAUGCUGUUUUAAGGACAUGCAUCACCUUAAAGAGAUUGUGUCGGAGUAUGCACAGGAGGUCCCACUUGUACCUUGCUGGCAAUGAACAUGAAUGGGCAGAUUUUAUUGUAAAAGGGAUGGUUUUUGUACGUAAAUGACAGGUGAUUGACCCCUGGUUCACCCCACCCCCAGCCUUCAAAAUAAGUGCAAGUAACAUACCAGAAGAUAUGUCGUAACUUCGUGGAUCAUAAUUUGAUUGAUAAUCAAUUCAGUGUGAUAUAUAUACAAAACUAAAAAAAAAAAAGAUGCAGGGAGGAAAGGAGUUUAUAAAUGGAAGUAAUAUUUAGUUGAAGUUUGAUGAAAUAUUUUCCUGAACAAGAAGUGAUAAGCUUAGAGGAUUGCCAUGACAAACAACUGAGAAGUGAAGAUAAAGAAGCACUGUGAAAAUAAUUAGGACUUAUUGUCUGGAAAGGUUUGAAGUGGUAUUGUGAAAGGAUUUAAUGUUGAUUUUUAAUUAGACAUAUUUAUUGUAAAAGGACUUUAAUUAAUUUGGUGAAAAGUGAAGAAGAGGGUUUUGUUCUUUCGUUAUAGUUUGAUUUGUGAAAUGUAAGGUGCUAAAAUUUACAUUUAGUGUGUGAAGGUUACAUGUUUCUUUUUUCUGAAUUUUUUCUGCUGGAGCUUGGAAAUUUUACAUAUAGUAACUCAUGGGCGAGUAAAAGAUUUUGCUAGGGAAAAUGAGUGCAUGUGUAAAGGUGCACAGAUAGAGAAUUAGUCAUGGCCUAUGGUAGGUAAGGGAGCAGUUUUAAACCUAAUUUAUUUGGAAACGUGUAUUGGCCAACCCAUGCUUGAUUCAGUUUGUUAGUGAUAAUUUGCAGUUUCAGUUGUCACUGAAAACUUGUUUGAAAACUGAAUGAGAAUUUUGUAGGUCACCAAGUUGGUGUAGAGUAUAUAUUUAUUGGCUUCAUAUUUAAGCAACUUAUCAAUGCAACUUUGAAAGGUAUAUUAAAGAGGGCUGUAUGUCCCUAAAAUCCUAUUAAUUAAAAGACCAUAGCAUUUCUGCCAGGUUCAAGAUAUACACAUCUGAAAUCGAUGUCUUUUUCCCCCUUGGAUUAAUGAGGAGUAGGAUCUUGCCUACUAUCAGUGCACGCCCCAAUAAAUGCAGUGUAACACUUAUUUACUUUACAGAUGUGUUGUUUAUCAAUAGCAGUAUGAAAGUGAAACGUGAUAUUUACUAGUUGGUGUAAACCCAUUUUAGUACAUAAUUAUUAAGGUCAGGUUCUUAUAAUUAUCCGUUUCUUAUAACUUACAAUUACUGCUAGCUCAUUUUCACAACACUUCACCAUGUAAAAAAAAAAAAAGGUUUUUAUUGUAGAAGUAAUGACAACAUUUCUGUCAUUCCUUUCCUGGGUUUCAAAUCAAUAGCAGUGUUACACUCGUCUGCUGUAUUUUGUAGUGGUCACUUUAAUAUAUCUCAUUCAAAAAGUUUAAUUCCUGAAUACAAUCACUUUCCAUCUUUAGUGCAUUAAAAUCAUUUUAUCUUUAGUUUUUAUUGCAUUAGAGCAAUUCUACUACACACUAUUUGUUAUUGUAUAUGUUAGUCAUCCAAGGAAGAUGUUCUGGGUCAGUUUUGUUAUUGGUCAUCCAGAGACCAGUACAGAGGUCCUGUAUUCACACAUAAUGGUUACAAACGCAUGAUGGGUAUCUUCAAUACUUGAUGGACCUUAACUGGUAUGUUAAUUGAGCAAAUUUUAAAAAAUUGAUUGCAAUGGUUGUAGAUCUAUAGGUAAAAUGUUCACACAGCAGUGUACAGUCCUGUAAGUGCAGUAGUAGAUACAGCUUGUGGACGCUACCUGUUGUGUUAUCGUACCUUCAAAGUGAACCACUUUUUGUGGAAAUAUUUGAAAACAUGACAUCCAAACUCUGUGACAGGCUGUUUUUCAGCAGACCGAUUUUUUUCUCAUCUCACACUAGAAUCCUCUUCUUGCCAAUAUUUUUAUUUCAUUUCAGUCUUCUUUCUUUUUGUUUGUUAUG